UUCUUGUUGUUGUUUAAUGUUAUUUUCUUAUUUACAGCAAGUGGUUUUUUGUAUUUGCUGUAAUUUAUUUUAUAGUUUUGUUAUCAAUUUACCAUAAAUAAAUAUUAUCGUAACUUUACUCUUUUGGUGUUAAUUUCUUCAGAAUUAUGAGAAGAAAAAAGGAAAAACGAAAUUUUUGGUGUAACAAUGAAAUUGGUUGUAUGUUGAAUCUUGUUAGACAAAUGCACUCUAGGCAGGGCACCACAACAACUACCCAGUACACAUUUGUUGAGAUAGCCAACCAAAUGAGAUCGUUUGGUUUUCCAAACAAAAGUCCCACACAAAUUCGUAGAAAAUGGUUUCAAAUGAAAUCGGCCUACUUGUGCUACAAACGUGGAAACAAAGACCGUAUCCUGCUGAUACCUGAGAAGUUUCGUCAGGUGAUUGCCAGUUUUGUGGAUGCUGAGUAUCAGGCGAUGCCCGGCCAGGUGAUGUCAGAAAUGAUGGAUGUAAAACCUAUAAUAAGAAGUCCAGUAAAACCGAUACACAUUCCUUUGGAGGCUCCUAAACGCUUACAAAUUCCUCAUAGACAAAUCGAUCAGAAGCCCAAGAUACAAGAACAGAUUAUAAUAGAGAAAAAGAAGCUCAAAAAGAAGUUGGAAGAAAGUGCAAAUGAAGAGCAAGGUUGUAGUGAUCUUAAGUUCACUAAACUGACGAACCGCCUUAGAAGUGUACAGAAAUCUCUGCAAAAAGAAUUCUCGAGUCGACAAAAGGCCCUCAUGGAAUACGAGCACACUUUGCAGCGAGAACGAGACAAGACUUUAAUGGAAUACUUUACAAAAUCCACAGAACAGAUUUUAUCGACGUCGUUCAGCAUACUUGGACAGAUAGCGAUGAAGUGAGAAUAAACGUAGAAUAGAAUAAUUUUAAUUUAUAAGUUAAAAAAUAAAACAAGGGAUUGAUGGUUUGGUAAAAA